UAGAUUAGUUACAGUUUGGCGACGACACCGUACGAACCGUUCAGUUGUUGUUGAUUCUGUUCUGUGAAAACUUUGUAUCACAUCGUGCAAUUAUGUGUUGUAAAAUGGAAUGGUUUCCUCUGCUGCUUGGUUUGCUGUGCAUCAUUUCGGAAACACGCGGACAGGAGAACCAUUUACCGUGCGGUAAACGCACAGUGACGACGGAAUACCUCAUUCACGAUGGCAUGGACACUAAGGCAGGUUUUUGGCCGUGGCAUGUGGCUAUCUUUCAUGAACAGACUGGAAAGAUGCACUACAAAUGCGGUGGAUCCAUCAUCGACGAGAGCACCAUUCUUACAGCAUCUCAUUGUGUGUAUACCCAAAGCGGUGUGAUUUCGAUAUCGCGAGUGUCGGUGGACGUGGGACGAAUCUAUCUAAACGAAUCAAGCGAAUACACACAGACGCACCGUGUGCGAGAGAUAAUAGUUCAUCCGGGAUUUAGCAAAAACAGUAUCGUCAACGAUAUUGCUCUCAUCAAGCUGAUCACCAAUAUUACCAUCAACAAGUAUGUGCAACCGGUCUGUUUGUGGACCAUGGACAGCAAUCAGGAGUUGAUCGUGGGUAAAAACGGAACCAUCGUUGGAUUCGGAUACAACGAACAAGACAUUUUGUCGGAUCAGCUGAAACAAGCAUUGAUCGGUGUGGAGGAUACGUUCAGUUGCAUUGCGGACGAUCGGGGGGUGUUUGGAACUCACCUGACGUCGGACAUGUUUUGUGGUAAAGGGCGGAAGGGUGUGAGCGCGUGCAAUGGAGAUAGCGGUGGCGGAAUGUUCUUCGAGAUCGGUGGUAAAUGGUUCGUGAGGGGCUUGGUGUCAUUUACUCCAGCUCGCUUAAGUACAGCACUGUGCGAUCCGCUGAAGAACACGGCUUACACGGAUGUGGCCAAGUAUCUGGAAUGGAUUAAACCGUACAUUGAUCAGCGAGUGCUUUCGUAUCGGAGUGAUUUGUUCGAUGUAGACUAUGUGGAGAAACUACGAUUAUUCAACUUCCAAACAUGUGGUUUGAAGUCACCUGUUUAUGGUAAAAAUGGUACUGGUUGGACACUGCCGUGGAUUGGUUUGGUCAUACCACCUGGUGGAGGCUCACAUAAGUGUAUUGUUACACUAAUAAGCGAUUGGUACGCGGUUGGGCCAGCACAUUGUUUCGAAAACGAUGGUGUCAAGUCGACCGUUGUACUAGGUUUCGCAUUUGAGUCGUCGAGCAUAGAAUGUUUCGAAAGUCAUGGGUCCGCCGUCUGUACACAUCCAGUACAAAUGCGAAAAAUUCAAAGGAUCAUAGUACACCCGAAGUUCAACAUUAACAAUUCUACGGACAAUAUCGCACUGAUCGAGUUGUUGAGCCCGGCAGACACCACACAACCGAAUGUGAAGCCCAUCUGCCUGCCGGUAACAGCCGAGCUUCGAACGAGAGAACCGAGUAGCUUAAGUGUGCCAACAAAGUUUGGGAGAACAAUCGAACUUAAAAGCAUACCCGUGCGCUAUUUGGAGGCUGCCGAGUGUAUGCGACAGUACACUCAACGGCAGAUUGUGCUUGAGUUGGGAAACAAAUGGAUCUGUGCAGAACUGGUGAACAAGCAGGAUUCGCUUACCUGUAGAGCGCUGGAAGCGGGUGCCCCGCUCCAGGAAACGAAGACAUUCAAUGGUACGGAGCGACACUUUCUGUGGGGGUUUGAGCUACAUGGGUCGGCCUGUAAUGUGCAUCCACCGCCCGUGUACAUCGAUAUCGAAGCUUAUCUUGACUGGAUACUGUACAACAUGAGGUACAACGUGCUAGAAACAACAGAUUCGGAUAAAAUCACAAUAACCAAAGAAUUGCUCGGGUCUGAGUGGAGCAAGCUGAGGCAGCAGCCGGGAAAGGAAAGGUUACGUCUUUUCAAUAUGGACACCUGUGGCAUAGUCAGUCCCCAUUAUCAGGUAAAUAAUGCACUGCCCUGGAUUGGUUACUUAAAGGUUGCAGAAAAUACCACCGGUGACUUCCCAUCGACAAGGAGCUUGGUAGUGCUCAUAAGCGAAUGGUAUGCUUUGGCCCCCAAACGCAGUGUACAAAACGGUGUCACAUGGCGUCAUCUUAUCCUAGGCAAGCAUACUGGAGCUGAUCCUUGCUUUCCUACCAAGUGUGAGUUAUCACACCAGCUGGUGGAGAUCAACAACAUUAUCAUCCCUCCACCGAACCAUCCGCGACAGACGUUUGCACUGAUAGAGCUUCUGGAGCCAGCGAAUCUACUGAAUCCCUACAUCAGGCCAAUCUGUUUGCCCUUCAUGAAGCAGCUGCAUAGGCGCAAGCCCACGGAAGCGAUCAUAUCAUCUAGCCAAUGGAAUUCUAUCAUAGGCAAGCAACUAACCAUCAUAGAUCAGCGCAACUGCCAGCAAAGAAUGCUGUUGAAAAAUCGUUUCGUUCCCUUGGAAGAAAACUCCAUGUGCGCAAUUGAGACUGAUAAUUUUGCAAAGUUUCCGCUCCAUUCCAUUCUGGGCAGUCCGUUACAAGUACCUAUACCGUACGGAGAGAGCUCGCGUAUCUUUCUGUACGGGAUGGAUAACAACGAACCGCAUAGAUUCGCAAACCUAAACAAUGGUCCGUACCUGUUCCACACGAUUGAGUUGGCAGAUCUCGAAUGGAUAGUGGCGAACGUGCGCGAUAAAGCGCAUCAAUCGUCUUUCCUCGCCACAACGAGAAAUGAACGGGUGAAUUUAAUGCCAGUACAGCAAGCUGCCAAGCCAACACUUGAAGCGUUGUUGGAGUUUAAUAGCUGUGGUGAAUCAUCGAGCAGCUACCCAACACCAUGGGUGGGGAAUGUCUUAUCAAAUGUGACUUUUUCCAGUGCAAGACCGUGUUCGGUAACACUCGUAAACCACAGGCACGUUGUUGGACCGGCAUAUUGCUUCGAGGACGCUAGUCAACAAUACUCCGUUGAGUUUGGGUACGCUAAUAGCGACACUGUCGAGAAGCAAUGUUUCAAAACCAACAAGUAUGAAGCAUGCGAUCUUCCUACGCAGCGUGUUGCGAUUGAGAGGAUCCACAUUCAUCCACAGUACAACCGAACGAAUCAUGCACACGAUCUUGCAUUGGCUCUGCUGUCCACUUCUGUGGAUACAACGCUUCCGAAUGUGAGGCCCAUCUGCUUGCCGACCAUCGAUUCAGCACGCAGCUACGAUACAUCAAACCUGGUACAGACUGUCAUUGGCUUUUCCUCCACAUUUAACUUUGGAAUUAGCAGCGUGGAUGAUAGAUACAUCACCUCGCCGGAGUGUCAAUCACGGUGGCAAGGUUUGAAGGUGAACUUUUCCGUAGACAGAUCGAAGCAUUGUGUAAUUAGCAAGCGGGCGCUGAAUGAUGAAUGUGUCUAUACGGAUUUCGGUGGUUCGCUUCACUCAUUGCAGUGGCUAGAAUCGAAGCAACGACAUUUUCUGCGCGGUUUUGCAGCGAUCUUGCCGAGAGCUUGCAGUAUUUACUAUCCCGUAGUUUACACAAACAUCGAUGUCUAUUUGGAUUGGAUACUGGAGGCAAUGAAGGAGUCAGCAAAUCUGCCGUUCGACCUGCGGGAGAUACAUAUUUUUAGUAACAAAUAAACCAUUAUUCUUACAUC